AGAAAAAGAAUAAAAAUAACGAAAAAAUGAGUAGAAAAGCGAUGCCUUUGAUGGAACUCAAUACUUGCGAACGAAUAAGGCCAGAAAGACCACGAAAUACAAUUCAAAAACUUGUGUGGAUGCCUAGCUCCCAAUUUCACUUAGAUUUUGUUGGUAUUUGUGAAGAUGAAGGCUUGAAUCCACGAACUGCAUUGAGAAGACUUCUCAGACUUUACGAAGGCUGUCACUAUCACGAAGCAGCAGGUUUCCUUAUGCGCUUGCCAAACUACACGCUAAGGGCAACCUUCUCGGACAUUCCUAUAGAUUUGCUAAUCGAAACACUACCACACAGUCUCGUUCUCCUGGAAGCUUUGUAUGUAAGACUGAUAGAGCUAGGUGUGCGUGACACCAAAGUCUUGAGGCUGGAACAGCUUCUAUGGAAAAUUGUGGGACUUAUGUCAACUGUUCAGAAUUCAUUCAAUUUAAAAGCAUGGGCAAGACUCUUAACUAUCCUGCACAGGGCAGCACCAAGCAUUCGGGCUGUUUUAAUUUACAGGUGGCGAGCUUUAGAACAAGCUAUCGAAGGGCUUGGUAAACACGGACUCAUAUUAAGUAAGCCUAAAAGUAGCGCUAGCGAUACAUCCACUAAUAACGGUAAUGCUACAUCGAACUUAGUGCCCCUCAGAGUCGCGCUUAGAGAGGAGUUAGAAAUGCGCUCAGAAGCAUGUAAGCAUGCACUUCACAAAAUUGAGAAUCUUGAGAAACAUGCAGGUGUGCAUAAAGGAGAUCAAGGCAUGCACGCAGCUUCUCAUCAACGUCAGCUGUCCCUUAAGUAUUACGAAGUGCAACAGCGUCUAAUCGACAAUCAAGGGCUCCUAAAUAUAUUGGAGAAAACUCGAGGUGAGCAUCUCGACCUGUUAUUGAAGGAACUUAAAUCACGGGUUGAACAAGAUAAGGAAGCAUUGAGACAGUGGACCGCGCUUCACAAGAUAAUAGCAGCACAGGAGAUCAGCAUUACUAAUGCCAAGAAUCCACCACCCCUUGCUACCAGAUUACUAGAGUUCUCGAGGGGCUGCGCAGUAGCGCUACAGCUUAUGAACGGUGACGGCACAGUGGAUCUAAAUAAUCCAUUUAAUAUAAAUAACUACGAUGACGAUGAAGAAGAGGAAGCAUCUUCAAGUAGUGCCGGCUAUCACACUGAUGAAAGCUGCAGUCCAUCACCUGAAUCAGGUUCCAAUUGCAUCACGGAUGAAGCACUUCAGGGUUUGCCCUGUUCAGAUGUUGAAGCUGAACAGCUACGCGAGAGAUAUGCUCUUUUAUACUCUCAGGGGAAUCUCCACACUCUUGAUGCUUUGAAUAACCUCGAGCCACUCAAAAAUGCUUUCGAACUUAAACUAAAGAUCCUAUAUUCAGUUGUUAUUCUAUCCUGGCGCCACGCAGGUAUUCUGCAAGCCUCGCGUCGGGUCGAAGCCCUUAAAAUACUUAAUGGCAGCAACGCGCAGUCGCAGCUGUCAGCUCCGGCUGACCUAGAGGACAGCAUCCGUCACCAACUGGCUACCGUAGGCGCACAGUCUGGUAUCCGAGAAGUUGGCCACCAAGUUGUGACCCAACUGGACCGCAUACUCUAUGAUUUUCCAUGCCUCAAGAACAGCUCUGAAAUGAAGAAGUAUGCGUUAUCAUGUUCGCGACUGGCUUGGACUUGUUUAUCUCGCGCAACGCCCCUUGUCCUCGACGACAAUCGUAGUAUCGAAUUUAGGCGUGAGAUACACGUCCGUCAUCACUCUUCACCGAAACCGACAGGCAACCGAAUUAAAGCCGUUCUAUGGCCUGCAUUACGAGAAGGAUUACAAGGACCGUUUCUACAUAAAGCCGUUGUACUUACUUAUUAA